CUUGUCGCCAGCUCAUCGAACAAACGAAUCCUGCUUCUGCGGUAUACACUGCAGCAGCAUACGGAGGAUACGGGAGUUUGAUCGCUUUCAAACUAUCACGAUCAUUGUGAAAAAUGUUUUCUGCUUCGGAUAAAAUGAUGUUAGUUGUGAUUGCGGUAUUGGUUGUGUCAACAUUUCCACGUACAAAUGCUAUUAUGUUCCGGUUAGCUCCAAACACGCAAAAAUGUCUUCGAGAUGAAAUGCAAGGCAAUCAAAUUGUAGCCGGCGAAUACGAAAUAACUAACGCACCGGGACAAAAGAUUGAUUAUGUGGUACGAGACACGAAAGGACACAUCAUGGCACAAAAAGACGACAUCUCUAAAGGAAAGUUUUCAUUUACAUCGGAAGUUUACGACACAUUCGAGAUAUGCUUUAUUUCACAUGUACCACCAACUCAUCGAGGAAUAGACCAAGAAGUUUUACUGGAUGUGAAAAAAGGCAUUGAAACUAAAAGUUAUGAAGGGAUUGGUGAGGCUGCAAAAUUAAAACCUUUGGAAGUGGACUUGAAAAGGCUCGAAGAUCUGUCUGACGCUAUUGUGCAAGAUUUUGCAUUGAUGCGAAAACGCGAGGAAGAAAUGCGUGACACAAACGAAUCAACAAACAGUCGAGUACUUUUCUUUAGCAUUUUCAGUAUGAGCUGCUUGCUAGGUCUCGCCACAUGGCAGGUGUUAUACCUGAGACGGUACUUCAUUGCGAAAAAACUAAUUUAACCGCAAGUGUUCUUUCGAUGCAAUACAGAUAUAUACUUUGGAGGAACCGAAUAAAUUACUAAAGAAAA